AUGUUCGCAAGUUAUAUAAGCGACCGCAAAUCGCUCAUUUCAAUGAAAUUCGGCAAAAGCUAAGUGGGCCGUAAUUCUUCCAUUUUAACCACGUGUCUAAAUAAAGUAAUAGCUUAUUUUAUUCGCAAUUACUCUUCCGUCUGCGGCCUCGUCUUACGUCACAGCACAACAAAGAAUAGGUGAUACUUGUAAAAUCAGAUCAGUAUCUUUGUGAGCUUUUUGGUGGCGGAAGAUGUCCCUUGUGCGCCUUGAAUAGACACAAUUGCCUUCCUUCCAACAUGAAAGACGACUCCAACGAGGACAUAAUCCAGCGCAGCAUCGGCUCCCUCGGCCGUUGGCACAUUUUCAUGUGUGUUAUCAUCUCCUUCGUCAAACUCCCAGUAGCCUGGCUCCAGCUCAGUAUUGUUUUUAUUGCUCCUCCAGUCUCAUUUACUUGCACUGAUAACCGAACGGCGCAAUGUGGCGCUAAUUGCACCGGACACAAUUUCGAUCGGUCCGUAUUCACUGAAACCAUCAUCACCGAAUGGGACCUGGUCUGCAACCGUGCUUACCUCGCCAACCUGGCCCAAACUUUAACCAUGCUAGGCAUCCUCUUCGGAAACAUGCUUUUCGGGUACUUAUCCGACCGCCUCGGUCGCCGCAGCCCCCUCAUCUGUGCCGUCUUUCUCCAAGUGUUGUGCGGCAUGGGGGCUGCCGUCUCCCCUUGGUUCCCCCUCUUCCUCGUUCUGCGCUUCAUUGCAGCCCUAGCCACUGGGGGCACCAUGGUGAUGAGUUUUGUCCUAGUCAUGGAGAUAGUCGGCAUGAAAUGGCGCACAACGCUUGGGAUCUUGUACCAAAUCCCCUUCAAUAUGGGAUUAUUGACCUUGCCGUUGUUCGCCUACUUCCUGCGGGAUUGGCACCACUUCCACAUAGCCAUCUGCGUCCCCGGGAUCCUCCUGCUGUCCUACUACUGGCUGCUGCCCGAGUCCCCAAGAUGGCUGCUCGCAGUGGGGCGCAAAAGCGACGCCAUCGAAGUGCUGCAAUUGGCCGCGAGACGCAACAAGCGCCCCACAGCCCCCAUCCCGGCCAACGUGGACACCUACAUGGAGCGGCGCCAGCUCCAAGGGGGCGCCCACAGCGGGGACAUCCUGGACCUGGUCCGCACCCCCACCAUGCGCACGUACACCGCCUGCAUCGGGUACAACUGGUUCGCCUGCGGGCUGUGCUUCUUCGGGGGGGCGCAGUACAUCGGCCAGCUGGGGGGCAACAUCUUCGUCAACAUCGCGUUGUCGGCAGUUAUGCAAAUCCCAAGCACGUUUUUCUCGCUGUGGGCGGUGUCGGCAUGGGGGCGCAAGUACACGCUUGUCUUCUCCAACGUCCUGUCGGGGCUGUCGUGUCUUUUGAUCGGAGGCAUUCCGCCUGAGCCCACUUGGGUCAGGACGGUGCUCAGUUCGGUUGAUAUGUUUGCAUUGGCGAUUUCCUUCCCAACGGUCUAUUUGUACUCGGGGGAGCUGUUCCCCACUGUUGUCAGGAAUGCGGGGGUUGGGACGAGUUCGAUGUUUGCAAGAGUGGGCUCGAUGGCGGCGCCCUUUGUUGCGGGGCUGGUCUUGGUGAGGGAGUGGCUGCCGCCGCUUGUUUUCGGGCUGGCACCGCUGAUUGGGGCCCUGUUGUGUUUCAAGUUGCCGGAGACUGUGGGCUGCAAGCUGCCGGAUACGGUGGAGGAGGCGGAGGCUUUGGGGAGGAAAAAGGUGGUUGAGUAGGAAAGUGGAAAUAAAGGGUUUUCAGUA